CCCAGUUUUUUUCCCGCUUUGUUGGGUGAACUCCAUUGGGGCGGUUUGCGCCUUGAAGGGAGCGGCGACCCGCCCGGAUCCCUCCUGGGGAUUGGGUCGUGGUGCCUCGAUGGGGACUCGCUCGAGGCAAAGACGGCUGUUGGUGGCAAAUGGCAAGCCAACGUCGUUGCGGUGUGUGCGCAGGUUUUAUGCCGUCGUAAUGAAGUGCUUCUGAAGUACCUUGGCAGCGAAAUUUUUGUGUCUUGUCCCGCGGGUCAAUCCAUCACACCCAAAUCGAGGUACUUCAGGGGAGGCGGCAAAAUAAAUUGUCCCAGGUACGAGGAAGUGUGCACCAUCGCCGCCAACGGCAGCAGUCGUGUUUUACUCCUCCCCAAAGACGGCAGUGAUGCCAGAGCAACAGCCGCUUUGGGGCGCUUCAUUUUGACCGUCCUUGCUGCCAUUGCCGCAGUGGUGGUGGUGCCUGUUUGA